AAAGAAUCGAACCAAGUAAAGAGCCUUGCUCCUCGGUCACUGCUGCCUUCCAUUGGAACUCCCGCUGGCUGCCCCGGCUCCUCGUCCGGGCUGGACGCAGUGGCCCAAGGCGCCCUGCAGAUGGGGCGGGCCGGGCACAGGCGCCCCAGCCGCCGUGGGUGACAGGCGCUGGCUCCCGUCUGCUCCGCUCGCCCAAGGGACCUGGCGGGCAGAGGAUGCCAGGCGGAGCAACCUGGCAGCGGGAUCGGAGAAGAUCGAGGGCCCGCUAGGUCCUGCGUGGAUGGCCAGGAGACCACCCCAGUCGGUGGGUCCGCUCCACCGCGUCGGGUGAAGCUGCGCACGGGACCUGGAGGAGGAGGAGACCCCCCCCCGGGCGGAGGCUGCAGAGAGAGGGGUUGAGCCGGGGCGCGCGCGGGAGGUGGCGGUGGCGGUGGUGGUGGGGGGCGCACUUUCUCCCUGCGGGUCUCAGUAAUGAGGAGACUGAGUUUGUGGUGGCUGCUGAGCAGGGUCUGUCUGCUGUUGCCGCCGCCCUGGGCACUGGUCCUGGCCGGGGUGCCCGGCUCCUCGUCGCACCCGCAACCCUGCCAGAUCCUCAAGCGCAUAGGACACGCGGUGAGGGUGGGCGCGGUGCAUUUGCAACCCUGGACCACGACGACCCCGCGCGCGACCAGCCGCGCUCCCGACAGCAGCCGGGCCGAUGCCCAGAGGGAUGAGCCGGAACCAGGGACUUGGUGGCCCCCGGUGCCCUCGCAGGGCACACACCGGUUGGGGAGCGCUCUGCAUGGCCGGGGGCCACCCGGUGCCCGGAAGCCAGACGAGGGCACUGGGGCUGAGACGCUAUGGCCUCGGGACGCCCUCCUGUUCGCCGUGGACAACUUGAACCGCGUGGAAGGGUUGCUGCCCUACAACCUGUCUUUGGAAGUCGUGAUGGCCAUCGAGGCGGGCCUGGGCGAUCUGCCGCUUCUGCCCUUCUCCUCCCCUAGCUCGCCGUGGAGCAGUGACCCUUUCUCCUUUCUGCAGAGUGUGUGCCACACCGUGGUGGUGCAGGGGGUGUCGGCGCUGCUGGCCUUCCCCCAGAGCCAGGGCGAGAUGAUGGAGCUGGACUUGGUCAGCUCUGUCCUGCACAUCCCGGUCAUCAGCAUCGUGCGCCACGAGUUUCCGCGGGAGAGUCAGAAUCCCCUCCACCUACAACUGAGUUUAGAAAAUUCCUUUAGUUCUGAUGCUGAUGUCACUGUCUCAAUCCUCGCCAUGAACAACUGGUACAAUUUUAGCUUGCUGCUGUGCCGGGAAGACUGGAACAUCACCGACUUCCUUCUCCUCAUCCAGAAUAAUUCCAAGUUCCACCUCGGGUCUAUCAUCAACACCACUGCAGGCCUCUCCUUCACCAACAACCUCUUAAGCUUCCUGCAGGUCCAGCUUGAGAACGUUAAGAACAGCACACCCACCAUCGUGAUGUUUGGCUGCAACAUGGAGAGCAUCCAGCAGAUUUUUGAAAUGGCCACCCAGUUUGGAUUAACACCCCCUGAGCUUCACUGGGUGCUGGGAGAUUCACAGAACGUAGAAGAAUUGAGGACAGAAGGUCUGCCCCUGGGGCUGAUUGCUCAUGGAAAAACAACACAGUCUUUCUUUGAAUACUACGUACAAGAUGCCAUGGAGUUGGUUGCAAGGGCUGUAGCCACAGCCACCAUGAUCCAGCCUGAACUUGCUCUCAUUCCCAGCACGAUGAACUGCAUGGAUGUAAAAACUACGAAUCUCACAUCAGGACAAUAUUUAUCAAGGUUUCUAGCCAACACCACUUUCCGAGGACUCAGUGGCUCCGUCAGAGUGAAAGGCUCCACCAUCAUCAGCUCAGAAAACAACUUUUUCAUCUGGAAUCUUCAGCAUGAUCCUAUGGGAAAACCAAUGUGGACCCGCUUGGGUAGCUGGCAGGGAGGGAAAAUUGUCAUGGAUUAUGGAAUAUGGCCAGAGCAGGCUCAGAGGCACAAGACCCACUUCCAACACCCAAAUAAGUUACACCUAAGAGUGGUGACCCUGAUUGAGCACCCAUUUGUCUUCACAAGGGAGGUAGAUGAUGAAGGCUUAUGCCCAGCUGGCCAGCUUUGUCUAGACCCAAUGACUAAUGACUCUUCCAUAUUGGACAGCCUAUUCAGUAGUCUCCAUAGCGGUAAUGACACUGUGCCAAUCCAAUUCAAGAAGUGCUGCUAUGGGUAUUGUAUUGAUCUUCUGGAACAGCUAGCAGAAGACAUGAAUUUUGACUUUGACCUGUACAUUGUUGGAGACGGAAAGUACGGAGCCUGGAAAAAUGGACACUGGACAGGGCUGGUAGGUGAUCUCCUAAGUGGGACUGCCCACAUGGCAGUCACAUCUUUUAGCAUCAAUACUGCAAGGAGCCAGGUGAUAGAUUUCACCAGUCCUUUCUUUUCCACCAGCUUGGGCAUCUUAGUGAGGACCCGAGACACAGCAGCUCCUAUUGGAGCCUUCAUGUGGCCACUCCACUGGACAAUGUGGUUGGGGAUUUUUGUGGCGCUGCACAUCACUGCCAUCUUUCUCACUCUGUAUGAAUGGAAGAGCCCCUUUGGUAUGACGCCCAAAGGGCGAAAUAGAAGUAAAGUCUUCUCCUUCUCUUCAGCCUUGAACGUGUGUUAUGCUCUUCUGUUUGGUAGAACAGUAGCCAUCAAACCCCCAAAAUGUUGGACUGGAAGAUUUCUAAUGAACCUUUGGGCCAUUUUCUGUAUGUUUUGCCUUUCUACAUACACAGCAAACUUGGCUGCUGUCAUGGUAGGUGAGAAGAUCUAUGAAGAGCUUUCUGGAAUACAUGAUCCUAAGUUACACCAUCCUUCUCAAGGCUUCCGCUUUGGAACUGUCCGGGAAAGCAGUGCUGAAGAUUAUGUGAGACAAAGCUUCCCAGAGAUGCACGAGUAUAUGAGGAGGUACAAUGUCCCAGCUACCCCUGAUGGAGUACAGUAUCUAAAGAAUGAUCCAGAGAAACUAGACGCCUUCAUCAUGGACAAAGCCCUUCUGGAUUAUGAAGUGUCAAUCGAUGCUGACUGCAAGCUUCUCACCGUGGGGAAGCCAUUUGCCAUAGAAGGCUACGGCAUUGGUCUCCCACCCAACUCUCCGCUGACCUCCAAUAUAUCGGAGCUAAUCAGUCAGUACAAGUCGCAUGGGUUUAUGGAUGUGCUGCAUGACAAAUGGUACAAGGUGGUUCCCUGUGGCAAGAGAAGCUUUGCCGUCACUGAGACUUUACAAAUGGGCAUCAAACAUUUCUCUGGACUUUUCGUGCUGCUAUGUAUUGGAUUCGGCCUGUCCAUCUUGACAACCAUUGGUGAGCACAUAGUGUACAGGCUGCUGCUACCACGAAUCAAAAACAAAUCCAAGCUGCAAUACUGGCUACACACCAGUCAGAGAUUGCAUAGAGCACUAAACACAUCAUUUGUAGAGGAAAAGCAGCAGCGUUUCAAGACCAAACGUGUGGAAAAGAGCACUUGGAGAACUGCAGACUGGAAAGUGAAUUUGAACUGUCUCUUGUUUCCUAGGUCCAACUUGGGACCCCGCCAGCUCAUGGUGUGGAAUACUUCCAACCUGAGUCACGACAACCAACGAAAAUACAUCUUUAGUGACGAGGGAGGACAAAACCAGCUGGGCAUCCCAACCCACCAGGACAUCCCUCUCCCUCCAAGGAGAAGAGAGCUCCCAGCCUCGCUGGCCACCAAUGGGAGAGCAGACCCCCUCAACAAAGCUCGGAACUCAGUGAUGCAGGAACUCUCAGAGCUAGAGAAGCAGAUUCAGGUGAUCCGCCAGGAGCUACAUUUGGCUGUGAGCAGAAAAGCAGAGCUGGAGGAGUAUCAAAGGACAAAUAGGACUUGUGAGGCCUAGGCGGUCACACUGCUCUCCUUUCUCAGUUCC